CUUGCACGCUAUUCUGUGUCCUUGAUUUGGCCUAAUAAAGGUUUUGCCUUGAGAUGGAUUCGGGAAUAUUAACAGUGAAAUACACUGCAGAGCUAUUAUAAACCACUCUUUCUCAGCCGCGCAAGGAAUUGCAAUGUGCAGGUUGAUCAUUCAGUGUCUGGUAUCUUCAGGUACUGACCAUUGGUUUAGGAUAUGGCCAAGGCAGUACUGAUUGAUCUAUUCAGUCUAGGAGGCAGCUCUUGGAAUAAUCAGAUCCAAGAAUCAAUUAUCAGGACACUAGAAACCCUUGGGGAGGAGGACACUUUCCAGGCUCCACUUGUUUACCUUAUGUGUUGCCAAACCCUCAGAAGUGAAAGAAAUGGACAAGAAGUACUUCAUAAAGCAAUACAAGGCUUUCAUUGCCCAGAAAAAGGAUCUGAGGUUGUGUGUGCUGAGAGUACAGUUGCCAGCUUGUACACCAUUAAACAAAAGCUUGAUGCAAAACACAUCAGUACUGUUAAAAUAAUCUUGCCAUCACAAAGAAAGCCCUUAAUGAGGGAAUAUAUCGAUCAGCUUUUUACUAACGUUUAUCAGUUUGAGUUUAAAGAUUUACAGAUGAAUUGUGAAGAAAACCACCUCAAAAAAUCCACAGUACCUCAGAACGAAUUAGUGCCAUUCACAGACCAAGAUGUGGAAAGGAUCCGAAGUGAGAUAAAGAUAUUUUUGGAAAGUCUUCCUGGUCUGAAAGGAAACCUCAUCAUUCUAAAGUCUGUGUUGAUCCCAGAUCAUGUCUUCCUCCAUGGAUUCACUACAAGAACUGGCGGCAUCUCGUAUAUACCAACUUUGAGCUCCUUCAAUCUCUUCAGUAGUGCCAAGCGGCGUGACCCCCCAGCUGUGGUUAAAGAAAAUCUUCGUAGGUUAGCCACAGCUGCUGGAUUCAACCAAGAUACAUAUUACCGUGUAAAGGUCAACCAUGCCAGUGAUGUUUGGGUCAUGGGAAAGGCCAAACCAGAUAACUAUGAUGGAAUCGUAACAAAUCAGAAAGGUGUUACAAUUGCUGCUCCUGGAGCAGAUUGCAUCCCUGUGCUUUUCGCUGAUCCUGUCAAAAAGGCAUGUGGUGCUGCUCAUUCAGGUUGGCAAGGCACACUGCUAGGAGUGUCUAUGGCUGUCGUUAAUGCUAUGAUAACUGAAUAUGGUUGUAAUGUGAAAGAUAUACUCGUGGUCCUGGGGCCAUCUGUAGGACCUUGUUGCUUUAAAUUACCCCAGGAAUCGGCAAAGGAAUUUCACAGGAUUGAUCCAAAAUGUGUACGACUGUAUGAAUCAUCAAAUCCUUACGUUGAUAUCAGAAGAGCCACACGUGUUCUUCUGGAGGCUGGUGGGGUUCUGCCUCAGAACAUUCAGGAUGAUUCUGUAACGGACCAGAACCAAAAUCUCACUCUCUGUACAUCAUGUUGCCCUGAUCAGUUCUAUUCUCAUGUUCGUGAUGGUGAGAACUUUGGGACACAGAUCGGCUUCAUAUCAAUUAAAGACUGAGGCUUUAUCAUGGCACAGUCUUGAUUUCAUAAAUCUUCGCUGUUUUAUCAUUGUAUGGGUUUUUACUGUCUGGGACUUGAUUCUGUAAGCUGCCUUGGGAGCACUCUUUCCCUAACAGGUGGCCUAGAAAUGUUUUAAAUAAAUAAUAGAGCAGAAAUGUUUGCAGUAAGUCUGAGCUUGCCUGAUAUUGAGUUCUUCCUGUUAGCAACACUGACCAGCUAAAACUUCUCUUGUGUCUUACCAAAUGGCGAUUUAUUGAGCAGAAGGGCCCACCCACAUUCAUGGGUGACAAUGGCCUCUGAACUCCUAUCAUAAUCCACUGCCUUGUAGGUGUUUGAAUACUUCAUAGUCACCAUCCUGCAUGCACAGAGGUCAGGGUGCAGAGCUUUUCCUCGAGGGGCUCUGCCACAAACUCCUCCCUCCACCCCCAUAGCAAAUAUGC